AUGAAUGGCGUCGCGACUGCUUCCGCGCCGAAAAGGAAACCCCCGAAACUCCGACCUCCCAAGUUGCGAAAGAGCUCAACCUCAGAUCCUGCAACGAGCGACUUCAAUGAGCAAAGAAUAAAUGGUGCUACGGAAUCUACCAAAUCAAACUCUCCGUCUGCAAACUCGGGUAGCAUUUCCACAGAUCCAAGACAGAAUGGCCGACUUUCUCCUUCACCUCAGGCUGAACCUCAGGUUGAUGAAAACCAAAACCAGCGCACUCGACACCAUCGCAGACCCCGCCAACCUUCGACACAGUCACAAGAUCCAUAUCAAUAUCAAAGCACCGAGCCUGAGGACAGUGGUAACAGAAGUUCGGAACAACGGACGGUGCAGGAAAGGCGCGUGAGCCACAUACUUCACCCUCAGGAAGCCGGCGGCCAGAUGCAGGGGAACAGUGAACUUGUUCCAAGACCAGCAGCUGGAGGUGUGGAGCAAGUGUCAGAGGUUACAGAAGUAAAGCCUCAGUCGAAGAAGAAUGAUCAAUUAAAGCUGAGGUUGGACUUGAACCUGGAUGUAGAAAUUGAAUUAAAAGCCAAGAUCAGAGGAGACGUAACGCUGCAACUACUACAAUAA